AUGCACGCUUUUUAUAUGAUUCUUACCGGUGUGUUUUUUCUUAUAUGCAUACUUUAUUAUUUCAUGAGUAGAAAACAUAGUUAUUGGAAGAAGAGAAACGUACCUCAUAUAAAACCAACAAUAUUUUUCGGAAACUAUAAAGAAUAUAUUACGUUAAGAAAAUAUUGGCCAAAGAUAACUCAAGAAAUUUGCCAACAAUUUCCAAAUUCACCAUAUGUCGGGGUGUACUAUGGAACGGAACCAGCUCUCGUCAUACAGGAUCCCGAAAUAAUCAAACUCGUCAUGGCAAAGGACUUCUACUAUUUCAAUAACAGAGAAGUUGCAGAUCACACACAUAAAGAGACAGUCACACAGAACCUGUUCUUUACUGGUGGCAAUAGAUGGAAAGUUCUGCGACAAAACUUAACCGCUUUGUUUUCAUCAGCAAAACUGAAGAAUAUGUUUUAUUUAAUUGAAAAUUGUGCCAUUCUGUUGGAUAAAGUAAUCGCUGAGGAUUUAAAAUCCAAUAAAUCAAAUGUAAUUGAGAUUAAGUCACUUCUGGCGAAAUAUACGAUGGACUGUAUAGGAUCGUGUGCGUUUGGAGUAGAAACGGGAACUCUGGUUAGGACAGAUACACAAAAAAAUCCGUUUACAAUUAUGGGUGAGAAAAUAUUUGACGUUUCAAACUUUGGUGCUCUAAAAAUGAUCAGUCGAGCAAUGUGGCCUGCUACAUUUUACGGUUUAGGCCUGAAAUGGUUUAACGACGACAUAGUAACUUUUUUCAAUAAAUUGUUGAAAGGUGUGUUUGCUAAUCGGUCGCACAAGCAAUCGCCAAGGAAUGAUUUUGUUGAUUUCAUUCUCAGUUGGAAGCAAAAUAAUUAUUUAAUGGGAGACAGCAUAAAUAAUUUUAAGACCGGCUUAAAGAACACAAUUACUCUUGAGGUUAACGACGACUUGCUUGUGGCACAGUGUGUUUUGUUUUUUGCUGCUGGUUUUGAAACAACAGCCACGACAACUUCCUUCGUAUUUUAUGAACUAGCGAAACAUCCGAAAGCUCAAGCUCGAGUUAUUGAAGAGGUUUCCGAUUACUUUGACCGUCAUAAUGGCAAAAUAGAAUAUGAAUGCAUCAAUGAAAUGCCGUACCUUCAAGCUUGUGUUGACGAAACUCUUCGUCUCUAUCCAGUAUUGGGAGUUCUAACAAGGGAAGUCGCAGAAUCAUACUCACUACCGACAGGGCUUCUGUUAGAAAAGGGCGACCGUAUCCAUAUACCUGUAUAUCAUAUUCACCACAAUCCUUAUAACUUUCCGGAGCCAGACGAAUUUCGUCCUGAAAGGUUUUAUGGCGAAGAGAAGAAAAAUAUCAAACAGUUUUCCUACUUACCAUUUGGCGAAGGACCCAGGAUUUGCAUUGGUCUACGUUUUGCAAGGAUGCCAAUUGUGGCAGGAUUACUUACGGUUUUAAAAAAAUACAGAGUGGAAUUAGCUGAUGAUAUGCCUCGAAAUAUUAAAUUUCAGCCAAAAGCCAUAGUUACUCAAGCUAUGGGCGGCAUACGCCUUAAAUUUCUUUCCCAUCAAGCCUAG